GGGAAAUUGGAUUCUGCCUCUUGGUGGAAGUUUAUUGUGUUGAUCCAGUCACUUGGAGGAGGAGCUGCUGAACAUGCUGAACUGGUGAAAACCCAGCCUGUAUCUUAAAACGCAAUGUCCCUGUUGUUCACCCGCUCCAAGUCCAUCGUCGCCGCUAAGAAGGACAAAAGGCACAUGGCGGAAGUCAACGCCUCCCCGCUCAAGCACUUUGUCACCGCCAAGAAGAAGAUCAACGGCAUCUUUGAACAGCUGGCCGCCUACAUCCAGGAGAGCGCAACGUUCCUGGAAGAGACGCACAAGAAUGUGGAGCUGGAUCCCGUCACUACCGAAGAGCAGGUUCUGGAAGUCAAAGGCUACCUGUCCAAAGUCAGCGGCAUCAGCGAGGUUUUGGCGCGGCGGCACAUGAAGGUGGCGUUUUUCGGGCGGACGAGCAACGGGAAGAGCACCGUGAUCAACGCCAUGCUGUGGGACAAAGUCCUCCCCUCGGGCAUCGGACACACCACGAACUGCUUCCUCCGGGUGGAGGGGACGGAAGGCCACGACGCCUUCCUCCUCACUGAGGGAUCCGAGGAGAAGAAGAGCGUCAAGACGGUCAACCAGCUGGCUCACGCCCUCCACCAGGACGAGGUCUUGACCGCCGGCGGCCUGGUCAGCGUCAUGUGGCCCAAUUCCAAGUGCCCGCUCCUCAAAGAUGACCUGGUUUUGAUGGACAGCCCCGGAAUUGACGUCACGACCGAACUGGACAGCUGGAUCGACAAGUUCUGCUUGGACGCCGACGUCUUCGUGUUGGUGGCCAACUCGGAAUCGACGCUGAUGCAAACGGAGAAGCAGUUCUUCCACAAAGUCAACGCCCGGCUCUCUCGGCCCAACAUCUUCAUCUUGAAUAACCGCUGGGACGCCUCAGCCUCUGAACCGGAGUACAUGGAAGAGGUUCGCCGUCAGCACAUGGAGCGCUGCACCAGCUUCCUGGUGGACGAGCUGGGAGUGGUGGACCGGGCCCAGGCCGGAGACCGCAUCUUCUUCGUCUCCGCAAAGGAGGUCUUGAGUGCCAGGAUUCAGAAAGCGCAGGGGAUGCCCGAAGGAGGCGGGGCCUUGGCAGAAGGUUUCCAAGUGAGGAUGUUCGAAUUCCAGAACUUCGAGAGACGAUUUGAGGAAUGCAUCUCGCAGUCCGCCGUGAAGACGAAGUUUGAGCAGCACACGGUCCGAGCCAAGCAGAUAGCGGAAGAGGUCCGUCAUAUCAUGGAUUCGGUGCACGUCGCGGCCCAGGAGCAGAGGAUUUACUGCCUUGAGAUGCGAGAAGAUCGAGAGGAACGCUUGAGCUUCAUAGACAAACAGCUGGACUUGCUCACCCACAACUACAAGCUGAAAAUCAAAGAGAUCACGGAAGAAGUCGAGAGGCAGGUGUCGAAUGCGAUGGCGGAGGAGAUCCGACGUCUCUCCGUGUUGGUGGACGACUUCCAGUUAGAUUUCCACCCGUCGCAGGUGGUCAUCAAAGUUUAUAAGAACGAGCUGCACAGGCACAUCGAAGAAGGCUUGGGGCGCAACAUGUCGGAUCGGUGCUCCAGCACCAUCACCACGUCCCUGCAGGCGAUGCAGCAGGAGAUGAUCGACGGGUUGAAGCCCCUGCUGCCGGUGGCCCUGAGGGGCCAAAUCGACAUGCUGAUCCCCCGGCAAUGCUUCACGCUCAGCUACGACCUGAACUGCGACAAGCUUUGUGCCGACUUCCAGGAAGACAUCCAGUUCCACUUCUCCCUCGGCUGGACGAUGCUCGUGAACCGAUUCCUGGGACCGAAGAACACCCGGCGGGCUUUGAUGGGCUACAACGACCAGGUCUCCCGGCCUCUGCCUCUGACCCCGGCGAACCCCAGCCUGCCUCCCUUACCCCAGGGAUCCUUGACUCAGGAGGAGCUCAUGGUCUCCAUGGUGACCGGCCUGGCCUCGCUCACGUCCCGGACGUCAAUGGGCCUUCUCGUGGUCGGCGGAGUGGUUUGGAAAGCUGUGGGCUGGAGGCUGAUUGCUCUUUCUUUCGGCCUCUACGGACUCCUUUACGUCUACGAGCGCCUCACCUGGACCACCAGAGCGAAGGAGAGGACCUUCAAGCGCCAGUUCGUGGAAUACGCCGGUGAGAAGCUCCAGUUGAUCGUCAGCUACACGGGCUCCAACUGCAGCCACCAAGUCCAGCAAGAACUCGCCGGAACGUUUGCUCAGCUGUGCCAGCAGGUUGACGUAACCAGAGCGGAUCUCGAGAAGGAAAUUAAUGCCCUGAAUCAGAAGAUUGAGAUUUUAGACACCCUGCAGAGCAAAGCCAAGCUGCUUAGGAAUAAAGCCGGCUGGUUAGACAGCGAACUCAACAUGUUCACGCAUCAAUACUUGGAGCAGAGCAGAUAAAAGCAGCUGAGGCAGAGGGGGAUUACAGCCUUUCGCUUGUGAAAAAAUGUUCCGGGAGGCAGCGACCCACGGAAAAGUCCGUCUCCCUUCCUGCCAUGGGGCCGGGGGAUUCCCAGCGCCGUGGCUCCGCUCCGCAUGAUUUUCCUCCCUCCCCCCCCCCGACACUUUUCCUUUUAGAAACUCCUCACACUGGUGAUUUUUAAGCGAAUGAAUUAGCAGGGGGAAUGCCGGGUUUAUGCGUUUGAUGCGGACGGGCGGUCCCGGUUUUCUGUCUUUUCUCCUCUUUGCCGACAAUGAAAUGUCAAGAUUGAUCUCUGAGAAAUCCCUUGUUGAUCCCCCUUUUCGGUGGGGUUUGGAAUGAAAUCGGCCACAAAUCCACCCAGACUUGAAUGAAUGAAUGAACGAAUGAAUGUCCACCUAUUCCUCACACACACACACACCAAAUUAAAAAGUGAUAGUCUUGUAUUCCCUAAGGGAACCUUUUCCCUCCUGAUGUUUUUGGACAACAGCAAGGAUUAUGGGGGUUGUAGUCCAAAGCAUCAGGAGGGCGCCAGGCUGCCUUAAAGUAAGGAAGGAUCCCGUCCGGUUAAAGUGAAGCACGUUUUCAGGUCCCUCUCGUUGGUUUCACUGGAAUGGAGACUUGAAUCUCCCAUUUUGAAAUCGAAACAUGAAGAGAGUUCUUCACUUAGAAUGGUUUGUGCCCAGUGUUUGCAAGAGGAAAAUGUCCUUCCCAACUGCGUACCCGUUCUCUCUCUCUCUCUUACCACGAAGAAACGUGCAAUCUAGACGCCUGUGUGAUUCUACAAGAAUACCCUCACAAACUCAUCCCCACCCAUCUGAAAUUUCCAGGUCCUGGAAACUUGUCCAUAUCGUUUUGAGAGCGGGCAGUGAGUUUCAUGAGUAUCCAGGUGACUUCAAAGGUGUCCCUGGUUAUCGCACUGAAAAAUGUAGUUGUUUUUCCCUUUAGUAAAGUGUCGGGAAGUAAAAGGAACCCUCCGCGGUAGCCUGACGACCCAUUAAAGUGUUUCGUUUUGCCCUUCCAGAUUUGGCAAAACAUCCAGCUAGGAUUGAAAUGUGUCAAUUUGCACGCAGGAUUUUUCAGCAUGCACAAACCAGGUGGGUCAGAUCAACCCGGACUGCUGUCUAAAGCUCCCAACUAGGUAAAAUUGAGCCUCUCAAAAGUGAGGGCUUCACAUCGGUAGACGUAUUGAACAUGACGGAUGAAUUCCUUGCCUCUCUCAGUCCCAGUCCGUUGCAUCGACUUGAUGGUGUCUCCUUUCCCCUUCGUGAUUGCCUUGAGAGAGUGCUUCGUAUUUAACUCGACUCCUCAUGCCGCCGGUCCUCAUGGAGUUCACGAAACGGUCACAGGCGCCCCGAUGAGUGACGAAGUGAGGAAUUUCUAAGAUGUCGCCCCCAGGAGUCCUUCCAAUUUGCACCAUUCAGCUUCUGUAAUAGUGUGGGUUGAAUGCCAACUGUACUGGGUUUUGAUCCCUUUCUAAAAAAAAAAUAAAAAAUGGCAAAACCUUCCGUUUCCUACCCUAUAAAAUGCCCCAAUCUUCGCAAAAACAAUUCUUUCACAUUACAUGGUGUUCUGUUGAUAACUUCCUGGGUUCCCCCCCCUCCCAUAUAUCCAUUUAAGGUUGUUUGAUUAAUACAAAGAGGUGAAAGGUGUAGCUGGUUAGUUUCGAAUUGGUAUUGUCCUCACGCACCCUUUUAAAAGUUCUCUUCCUACCUGUGUGUAAGCUUGCUAGAGACAAAUUGCCUCCUCUUGCUCCAGUUUCACAUAAGCCAAAAAAACCGAAAAAACCACUACGCUGGAGACCGCUUUCUACUCCAACCCUCCUGAGCAAUGGAUUCCCCUUAAAACCAACUCAGCUGAAACUUUUUUCAUGUUUUGACUGAUAAAACACAUAAGACGUCAUCUCUGGAUUUGGGAAGCAAGUCCUCCACAAAGCAACACACUCGCAAGAAUCUCCGUUUAUUUUUUAUUACUAUUUUUAAGCUAAGUUUAGCCAAAUGCACUUUAUUUAUUUUUCUUUCAUUUUCCCCUCCUUUUAUUGCUGCUAACUUCACAACCCGGGAA